GUCCUCCUUCCGUUUCCUCCGCGCAGGCGACUCGCUGACGGCGCCACACACAGGAGUGCAGCCCCGGCUGGAGUGCGGACCAGACCACCGGACCAUCGGAUCGUCGUACCUUCGUCCGUCCCACCCCAGCGGCUCUCAGUCGCGCACUGUGAGCCGUUUCUCACGCUGGUUCCCACACCGGCGUCGCGUUCCCACGUCGGCCGCCUUCUCCGGGCGCGCGCGCCGCCGCCGCCGCCGCGCCAGUCCGCGCGCGCCGCUGUUCCUUACCUGUUGGCGUGACGUCACUGGUCGCCCAGCCAUUGGAGAUUGUGUCGCAGAGGUGUGCAGGUCGCUCUCCGAGGUGCUCGCCAUAAUUUCUGACAUGGGCAAUGAAUUGCUUUGAGUGCCUCAAAUCUCGGACGGACUCUCCUGACCAUCUGAAAGCCCAGCCUGCACCUGUGAGCAGCGCUCCGGCGGCCGGGCCAGGUCAGACUGUCGUGGGGAUCGAGCGGGCGUCCGGUGGCGUCAGCCAGCCCAAACGGCAGGCCAAGUUCGCUUACCUCGAGGAGGUGCUCAAGUCACAGAAAGGCAUGGCGGCACUGAGGGAGUACAUGGCCACUGUGCAGCAGGAGCACGUGCUCGACUUCCUGGAGGAUGUACGUCGAUAUAGGAGCGAGUCGGACGCGGCGGCACGCGCCAAGUCGGCGCAGACCAUCUUCUCCAGCUACCUGGCCGUCUGUGCCGAACGGGAGCUGAGUCUGGACAAGCCGGUGCGGGACGCGGUGGUGGCCGGCCUCUCGGAGGCCCCGCCGCACCUGUUCGAUGCUGCGGAGCGCGCCCAGCUGGAGGAGCUGCGACGGGACGUGUUUCCGCGCUUCCUGAAGACGCCGUUAUUUGAGCGGCUGGCCGGCCUCGCCUGAGGGGUCUGCCGGGGGCUGGUCCGUGGUGGGAAGCGGGGGCCUGUCUGGGGAAUCAUUGGAAAUGUGGUGAUGAUUCUCGCUUCUACGCUAUACAUAUGCUAUGUUCGAGCUCUCACGAAAAGAUCAAUCGUUUUUGAUUGAUUAUGUUGCCAAUGAUGAUGUAUAACGAAUUAAAGUAAGGCGACUGGAAUAAGUGUCGAAAAAGGUUGCAUAAAAUGACCAGCGAUGUUACCUAAUGUCCAGUAUUGGGAAAGCUGCUGCAGGCAUCAAGGGCUAUGGAUGCGCUUCCCAUCAAAUGACGCAACCGCAAUUACAGUGAGCAUACUGAAACUGUAUCGUUGUGUUGUAUUCCGAAAGAACAGUCAUUUAUGAUGUUUGGGGCGUUUUCAAAGUUUUUAUUUGUAUGCUUCUUUCAGAACAGUGCCAUGUAUGUACUUAGUAGUGACCUGUGCCGUCCAAUUGAGUUUUAUUAGUUUUCUAUGAAAAUUGUACUGACCAUUGCUGUAUCGAGCUCACCGCUACUGUUUGCUUCUGUAAAUUGCAGAAGAUCUCUAGGAACGAAAUGAUCCAGGCACUUGGAAAGAACGUACUCUGUUUUGUUUAUUAGUUGCAGAGAAAUGCGCAGAGUCGUUCAAUAACUCAGAUAUUUGGCGUCUGAUGUAAACAAUCAUGUAAGACCGAUCCGAUAACCAACUGUCGCGUUUGCUGCCUAUAGAAUGUAUGCGAUAUGCCCUCGAUGCAUGCUUAAUGCCUAUUUUUGAUAUCCAUUGCUGUCUGAAAUGCAAAAUAAAACGUGUAAAAUCUAA